AUGGAUAAGCUCAAGAGAAAGCCGCGGUGGACGCUGCCGCUUGAGGACGUCAAGAAAAACAGCCCAAGUGCACGAGAUGGGGUAUCAUACGAAGAACAGCUCAUAAAACAGUCCAAGGGCGUGUCGUUUGUGAUUCAAACCAGCUCUCAGCUCAAGCUGCGACCGGCGGCAAUCUACACUGCCGCUACGUACCUGCACAGGUUUUACACGCGGUACUCGCUCAAGAGGGUUCACUACUACGACUGUGCCUCUGCGUGUGUGUUUUUAGCUUCCAAAACCGAAGAAUCGCCCCGUACUAUUCAAGAAGUGGCAUUCAUGUGCAUGAGAGUUGCUUUGAAAAACCCCCGUCUUAAAGUUGAUACCAACUCUCGCGAGUUCAAGAAGUGGGUCGAAACUAUAAUGUAUACUGAAGAGCUGCUGCUCGAAGGCCUCUUUUUCGACCUCACAAUCGAGUCGCCCUAUAGAUCACUGGCUGCUUUCACAACAAAAUAUCCGACUCCUGGCGAGGGUAUAAACACGCUGGCUAAUAAUUUUGUUAAUGACUCGUGUCGCACCAUGCUGAGUGUUGUUUACUCGUCCGAUAAAAUCGCUGCGGCUGCCUACUAUUGGGCUAUAAAACGCGGCGCGGCUUCGGCUCCUCUGGUCGACGGCGAAAAAUGGUACACAAAGGCUGGAUACAACAGAUCUUUGCUCAUCGAUGUUGUAAAUGAAAUGACAUCAAUGUUUAAUGCUAUAAAAGCAGACUCAGACCCUGCAGUAUAUUUAACUAUGGCAAAGUAG